AUGCGCUAUUUUUUGGCGCUUUUACUGUUCGUAUUGGUGCUAGCCAAAGCAGCAAGAAACGCCACCAAGGAGCCACCUCGAGAUUGUUCUGACGCUCCUAACAGAGACAUUAGGCAAACAUGCCGUAUGCUGAGAACUAUGGAUCAACUGACAAGAAGACGAAUCGCCAGACAAGCGUUAAGGAAUCGUCCACCUGCACAACGAAGAGGUGGAGGAGGUGGUCCACAACAACGUCCACAGCCAGUGGGACCACCGCGACCAGCAGUACCAGAAUGGCUGACACCGAUUCCUGUGCCACCAAACUCUCGUGGUCAAGUCGCUUACCACCCUUAUGACUGUAUGACACUCUCUUGUCUCUGCCCGUUCUUCGCGGGACGAAUGCAAGGCGGUAAUUGUGUGCUGUCAAACGGAGCUGUUCUAACGAUGGCAUAUCGUAAAGAAUAUCGUAUGAUGACAGACGAUGAACGAAAUCGUUGGCAUCGAGCACUGUAUACGCUGAAAAUGAACGGAGAGUACGACCGAAUCAGCAGGCAGCAUUUUGACGUCGGCGUUGGCUCUGGAGCCCACUCUGGACCCGGUUUCUUGCCUUGGCAUAGGGAAUACCUGAAGAGAUUUGAAAUCGCCCUUCGUAUGGUCGAUCCAACAGUAUCGAUUCCUUACUGGGACAGCGUCGUCGACAAUUAUCUACCCGAUCCCAGAGAUUCAAUCCUUUUCUCAAACCUUUUCGCGGGUGAGACCGACUUCUACGGAAACGUUAUCCAAGGUCCGUUUGCCUACUGGAGAACCCUCGAAGGACGUCCAACAAUUCUCAGGAAUCUGGGUCGGGAAGGCUCUUUGUUGAAUGAGAAUCAAAUCAACAACGUUGUAGCACAAAACACCAUCGAGAACACGUUGGCCUACACGGCUCCAAUGCCUGGUGAGAUUUUCUAG